AAAAGAAGAUGAAGAAACAACUUCGAAUUAUUUCUUCGGUACCGUAUUUGGUCCAUGGAUCCCAAUCCCACCCCUUGCACUUCCUGCCCUCCCCAGAUUCCUGGUUCUUUGUCAUCUUUCUACCCAGAGCUGCUGGGUUAGCCACCUCGGUCUGAUAUCGGGUACGAGACAUGGCGAGGACCGGGACUUGUGAUCAGUUUCCUCCAAGUUAUUGGCUCAUUGGCUCCGACGCAAAGGUCAUGUUGUGACGCGACCCUAAGCCGUAACGGGUAUUACGUUAGAUGACUUUCUUUUUUCCCCUACAUAUAGGAAUUUUUAUUAGGUAUAUAUCUUGUAGAUCACCCCCUCUCCCGUUUGUCUUCGAGGCGUUUAGAAAACCUCUCACACCAUUGACAAAUUCUUUCACGGAAGGGAAAAGUGAAACUCAUAUACGAAUGUGUUUAUAUGAAUGUAUAUGUCUCAGCGGUGUUGACAAAUCGAUCUCACGUUGCUAUAAGCAAGGAGAGACAAGAUGGAGAGGCUACCGGGCUUGAAUGUAGCCAACUUCUUAGAGAAACGCCAGCUACUCAUUGCGAUCAAUUGUAUCGCGGCGCUGUCCAUUUUCUUCUUUGGAUAUGACCAAGGUAUGAUGGGCGGUGUAAACAACGCCAAGGAUUAUAUCGAUCUUAUGGGCUUUGGUCACGUCGACCCGGUAUCAGAAGAACCCAUCAUCACGGACAGUCUGCUUCAGGGUGGAAUCGUCUCGGUUUAUUAUCUAGGCACCUUAUUCGGUUGUCUAGGUGGAGGAUGGGUUGGCGACAAAGCUGGCAGAAUCAAGACAAUCGCUUUAGGAGCUGCCUGGGCUAUUGUAGGUGCCGCCUUGCAAUGCUCAGCCCAGAAUCACAAGUGGAUGAUCUGCGCUCGUGCUGUUAACGGAAUUGGAACUGGUAUACUUAACGCCAUUGUUCCAGUCUGGGCAACUGAGACGGCGGAACACACUUCAAGAGGCCAGUUCAUAGCCAUCGAGUUUACUCUGAACAUUUUUGGCGUCGUUGUCGCUUAUUGGCUCGAGUUUGGUUUGUCGUUUAUCGACAACGGUAAUUCGGAAAUCCGGUGGCGAUUCCCUAUUGCGUUCCAGAUCAUUCCCCUUCUUGUGCUCCUGGGAUCGGUAUGGUUCUUCCCCGAAUCGCCGAGAUGGCUUGCCAAGGUUGGCCGUGUCGAGGAGGCUCGAUUUAUCCUUUAUCGUCUGCGAGGAUCUUCCCAAGAAGAUCGUGAGAGGGCAGAGCUGGAAUUGAACGACAUUAACAACAUCGUUGCGCUUGAGUCUAAAGAGUCCAAGAAGAAUUCGUAUUUGCAUAUGCUAUUUGGCAUCGGCUCAGGAGAUCUACACACUGGGCGUCGUGUCCAACUUGUUAUCUGGCUUCAAGUCAUUCAAGAAUGGGUUGGCAUCGCCGGAAUUACUGUGUUCGCCCCUACCAUCUUCCGUAUAGCUGGCUUCGAUACGUUUAAGAGCCAAUGGAUUAGUGGUCUUAACAACAUCUUCUACAUGUUCGCCACGCUUAUCUGUGUUUUUACAUUGGAUCGCAUCGGCCGUAGGUGGACACUGUAUUGGGGCGCAGUUGGCCAAGGAAUUGCCAUGUUCCUCGCCGGCGCCUUCUCCAAGCUAGGCCAAGAUGCGACAGCAAGAGGGGAGAUUGGUAAGGCCCAGUCUUACGGAGCCGCUGCGGCGUCUUUCAUCUUCAUUUUCACAUCCGUCUUUGGUGCUACGUGGUUGACGGUACCUUGGCUAUAUCCCGCUGAGAUAUUCCCUCUUCAAGUACGAGCAAAGGGAAAUGCUUGGGGCGUCGUUGGUUGGUCUAUUGGAAACGGUUGGCUAACGUUGCUUUGCCCCGUCAUGUUUUCCACUAUCGGUUCCACGACGCUACACAUCUUUGGCGCAUGCAACAUAUUAGCUAUCCCAAUCGUCUGGGCUCUCUACCCCGAAAGUAACCAGCGGACACUCGAAGAGAUGGAUCUCUUGUUCGCUGCGCCCACUCCCUGGGUCUGGGAUGCGGAGAAGAAGUUUGCGGAACUCAAGGAACAGCAGCCAGACCUUGUGAAGGCUGCAAGAAGAGGCGAACACGUUGUUGAUCCUGAGACCGGUGUCCUUGUGCAUCCCACAACUUCAAAAGCGGAUGAUGCUAUCCACACCGAAAGCGAAGAGCAUGUAUCCCCUUAGAUUCUUCAUCACUUGAAAUAUAAGCAAUACCUUAACGGAUUGUGCUGCUUCCAAGUUGCAUGUAACCUAUUUUAGUUAUCACAGUAUUAAACUCAGACUAGAAAUAGAAAUCUUGGUUAAUAUAGUUUGUUUGUACUUCCC